AUGAAGUUGAGGAGAGCUCGUGUGCUGCUCAAUGAUGCUGAAGAGAGACAACAUGAGGAGGAAGCUGUGAGGGAAUGGCUGGAUGAACUUAAAGAUGUCAUUUACAAAGCACAGGACUUGGUGGACGACAUCGACCAUGAACUCCUAUCCAUGAGUUUGGAACGUGACCAUAAAUCCAAAACUAAAACCAAUUUCCGAAAGAAUAUCAAGACCAAGGUCUUCUCAUCCUUUUCAAAACUUGACAAAACUACUGCUGUUAAAGGUGAGAUAACCAAGAUCUUGAAGGAUCUGACACUUCUUUUAGAAAAUGAUGUUGGUCGUGAUUUGAAAGUGUUUGAAGAAACUAGUACCAGUGGAGCUUCUUCCAGAAUUCGAGUUACUCCUUGGCCAGAAAAAAAUCAAGUUCAUGGAAGUGAUGAUGAUAAAGAUAAGAUAACUGAGCUAUUAUUGUCAAAUAAUAUUUGGGGGAGUAAGAUAGGUGUGCUUCCCAUAGUGGGUAUGGGUGGCCUUGGCAAGACCACCCUAGCUCAGCUUAUCUACGAUGAUAACAUAUUCGAAGAACAAGGUUUUCAACACAAAGCAUGGGUUACUGUAUCAACUGAUUUUGAUGCUUUCAGAAUAAUGAGGAUUAUAUUGCAACAAAUCAAUCCAAGCGAUAGAGAUGACUACAUCGACGAACCAACAAUACUUCAACGUUCAUUGAAUGAAGCUCUUAAAGAUAAGAAAUUUCUCAUUGUGCUUGACGAUGUUUGGGAUGAGGAUUACAACAAUUGGAGUGUAAUAUGGAGCACAUUUGGAUUUGGAGAGUGUUCCAGCAGAAUCAUCGUGACUACUCGCAGCAAAAAAGUUGCAUCGAAUGUAAAAACAGGGCCAAUCUAUGAAUUACAACUAUUAGAAGAUGAGCAUUGUUGGAAAAUAUUUGUGGAGCAUGCCUUUGGUGGAGACUCAAAUGCAGACCAGUUCUUGCAAGAAAUAGGUAGAAAACUUGUUGACAAAUGUGGAGGCAUCCCAUUGGCUAUAACAUCUCUUGGUGGUCUUUUGAGGUCUGAAAAUGAUCCAAAACAUUGGGAAGGAAUUUUAAACAACCAUGUAUGGAAGACUAACAAAAUCCUUCCAUCUUUAUGGUUAAGCUAUCGUUACUUACCUUCGCCUUUGAAACAAUGCUUUACUUAUUGCUCUGUGUUUCCCAAAGAUUAUGAAUUUGGGAAGAAGGAAAUGAUCUUACUAUGGAUGGCAGAAGGUUAUCUGCAAUCUGAUCAGAAACAAAAGAAAAUGGAAGAAAUUGGAGAGGAGUAUUUCAAUAAUCUAAUAUCAAGGUCAUUAUUUCAAAGAUCAAGAAAGCCUUAUGGGGAAAGAUUUGUCAUGCAUGAUCUUGUACAUGAUUUAGCUAUGUUUAUAUCAAGAGAGUUUUGCUUGGCAUUAGAUGGCAAAAACAAAUCGAAGCUUUUUUCGAGGAAGAUUCGUCACUUAUCAUUCGCACUAGUCCCAGACCAUUAUGAUCAUCAUGAGUCCUUGAAGACAUGUCUCUGCAAAGCCAAAAAUCUACGCACCUUCAUAGGACAAGGACAAGGACACUUAAAUUUCAUACCUUCGUAUGAUGGUGUGGUCAGAGAAUUGAUAGUAACAAAAAGCCAUUUGAGAGUAUUCUGCUUGUGUAUGUCAUCCUUGCACAAUUCAAUAGCGAAUGAUCUAAAACAUGUAAGGUAUUUGAACUUAUCCCAUAGUCAUAUUAGAGAGAUACCAUGUUCACUUUGCACUAUGUACAAUUUGCAGACAUUGUUAUUGUCACAUUGUGGAAAUCUCAAUAGGCUUCCAAAAGACAUGGGAAGACUAGUCAAUUUGCGUCAUCUUGAAACUACUGGGUCCGGUCUAGUGGAGAUGCCCCCACAAAUGGGUAAUUUGAAACAGUUGCAAACAUUAACUGAUUUCAUUCUGAGUGACACUGAUCAUGGUUCUGGCAUUAGAGAGUUAGUAGAGUUGCAACAUUUGGGUGGCCAUCUUUGCAUUUCAGGGCUUCAAAAUGUGACUGAUGUUGAUGACAUUGUAAGAGUAAAUUUGAGGAGCAGGAAGAAGCUUAGUGAUCUAUGUUUCGAAUGGAAAAGUGAUACUACAAGCAAAAGAAGAGAGCAAUUUGGAAAGGUACUUGAAGCACUUGAACCACACAGAAACUUAGAGAAACUAACCAUUAGAUAUUACCCAGGUUCAGGUUUUCCAAGAUGGGUUGGAGAUUCUCAAAAUUCAAGAAUAGUUUCAGUAGACCUGUGUGGUAAUAAGAGCUGUGUUUUCUUACCACCGCUGGGGCAGUUACCUUUUCUUAAAGCUCUUAAGCUCAAAGGGUUCGAUGAGGUGGAGAGCAUGGGAGCUGAAGUUUAUUAUGGCAAUAAUUCUUUUGGUGCUAUAGCUCCAUUUCAAAGUUUGGAAAGGUUGAGCAUUGAGAACAUGGCGAAAUUGAAGAAGUGGUUAUUUUUUGGAGAUGAUGAGAAAGAAGGUGGAUGUUUCCCUCGUUUGAAACGUCUUUGGUUGUUUCAUUGUCCAAACACAAUUGACUACUUAUUACCCGAUGGCCAUGAAAUAAAAUCUCUCCAAAUUGAAGAUAGCUACAAAUUAAUGGAAUAUCUUCCAUUGAACCGCUACCCAAGGCUUGAAUGGCUUUGUUUAUGGGAUUGUGAUUUCGUAAAGUCACUGCCAUUACGAAACUUCCCAAGCCUUAAAUGGCUUUUCUUGAAUGAAUGUGAUCACUUGGAAUCCCUUAUCGUUCCACCAGAAAUAGAAGUUCAGUCGUCCUUAGUAUCAAAAUUAGAAUUGCUUAAAAUUGAUAAAUGCAACAAAGUCUUGGCACAACAUGCACAGUGGGAUUUGGAAGGACUAAAGUCUCUCAAGUCAUUAGUGGUAAAGAAUUGUGAUGUGGUGUUGGAUUCAUUCCCAGGAGAAUCUCUUCCUUUCUCUUUGACUAGCUUGGAACUUGAUUCUCUUAGCUGCCUUCGGAGCUUGAAUGAAAAUACGCUUCAAAAGCUCACAUGCCUUGAGAGUUUAACGAUUCGCCAUUGCAAUGAGCUUCAUAAUAUUCCAGAACAAGGAUUGCAGUGCCUCAGUUGUCUUCAAUCUUUAGUCAUACGGAAUUGUGGUGUACUUGAACGAAGAUACCAAAAAGGGAAAGGGGAAGGCUGGGAUAAGAUCUCCCACAUUCCCCACAUAAGCAUUUACGGAAUGACAAUUAUAUGAGUAAUCUAUUAUAUUCCUAUUCUCUUAAAUUAUUUAGUGAACUUUUUUUUUUCUUUCCUUAAUUCAUCUUAUUUGAAUUGUGGAGUUGGAUAAUAUUUGAUUUGCAAUAUUGAUUAUACUUAUCAAUUAUGAAGUAUCACCUUAUUUAA